CGGGGUUGGCGGCCGAGCGUGCAAGAGGCUUCUCUGCGCUGCGUCUCCGCGCAACUGCCCGCCCGGUGCCAUGGCCGCCGAUCGGCGCGGGAAGGCCGAGACUCUCGCCCUGAGACGGCGGCUGCUAAGCGAUUCUUGCAGACUCUUUUAUCCUGAGGAUCCUAUUAAGAUUGUCCGCCAAGGACAGUACUUGUACGAUGAACAGGGUGCAGAAUACCUGGAUUGUGUCAACAAUGUGGCUCAUGUUGGGCACUGCCACCCUCUCGUGGUCCAAGCAGCGCACGAACAAAACCAGGUGCUGAACACCAACAGCCGGUACCUGCACGACAACAUCGUGGAUUAUGCACAGAGGCUAUCAGAGACCCUGCCGGAGAAGCUCUCUGUGUUUUAUUUCCUGAAUUCUGGGUCAGAAGCCAAUGACCUGGCCCUGAGGCUGGCCCGCCAGUACACGGGACAUUGGGACGUGGUGGUGUUAGACCAUGCUUAUCACGGUCACCUGAGCUCCCUGAUUGACAUCAGCCCCUACAAGUUCCGAGACCUGGAUGGCCAGAAGGAGUGGGUCCAUGUGGCACCUCUCCCAGACACCUACCGGGGUCUUUACCGGGAGGACCACCCCAAUCCGGCUGGGGCCUAUGCCAGCGAGGUGGAACGCGUGGUGAACAGCGUACAGGAAAAGGGCAGGAAGAUUGCAGCGUUCUUUGCAGAGUCUCUGCCCAGCGUGGGAGGACAGAUCAUCCCCCCUGCCGGCUUCUUCCAGGAAGUGGCAGAGCACAUCCACAGGGCUGGAGGGGUCUUUGUCGCAGACGAGAUUCAAGUGGGCUUUGGCCGAGUGGGCCAGCACUUCUGGGCCUUCCAACUGCAAGGAGAAGACUUUGUCCCUGACAUCGUCACCAUGGGCAAGUCCAUCGGCAAUGGCCACCCCGUAGCCUGUGUGGCCACAACCCAAGCUGUGGCAAGGGCAUUUGAAGCCACCGGCGUCGAAUACUUCAACACGUUUGGAGGCAGCCCGGUGUCCUGCGCCGUGGGCCUGGCCGUCCUGGACAUCCUAGAGAAGGAACAGCUGCAGGCCCACGCCGCCUCCGUGGGCAGCUUCCUGAUGGAGCUCCUCAGACAGCAGAAAGCCAAACAUCCCAUCAUCGGGGACGUCAGGGGCACUGGGCUCUUCAUCGGUGUGGACCUGAUCAAAGACGAGGCAACCAGGACACCAGCAACUGAAGAGGCCAAUUACGUGGUGUCCAGGAUGAAGGAGAACUACAUUUUGCUGAGCACUGAUGGCCCAGGGAGGAACGUCCUCAAGUUUAAACCCCCGAUGUGCUUCAGUGUGGACAAUGCACGACAUGUGGUGGCCAAGAUGGAUGCCAUCCUGACAAACAUGGAAGAAAAGGUGAGAAGUUGUGAGACACUGCGGCUCCAGCCCUGAGGCAGCUCUGUGGAGUGGUGUUCUUCUCUGGAAGAAACGAAGCAUCCCACUCAAAUACACUGAGGUGGUGACCUUCAGCUUGGAGGAUGAAAACCACUGAAGCUCAGGACAAGGCUUCCCUGAGGCCCUACGGCUCCACCCCCACCUUCCCCCAACCACUGGCCUAUUGUCAAGAAGGGCCAGGAAUCUGUGUCCCCUUAGGACGCAAAGAAUCCUUUUUUUUUUGCUCAAAAAUUUGCCCACUGUGUGUGCUAUGAGAGUCCAGGACCUCCCAGUGCUCCUAAUUAAAUCAGGAGUUUACUUUUUAAAGAAAAUACCUGGGCACAUAUACCUCCCUAAUUAGGACCAAGAAAAAAAAACCUUUUAAUGUAUCACCAUACAAGCCUACUCUCCCUCAAAACUCAAAAAAAUUAACAAGCUACCCCCUCAAAUGAUGCCAUCUGAUGUCUUCUGUUGAAUUAAAAUGCCAAAUACAUUUAUUUCAAAACCCA